UGUGAGCAGCGACUAGGGCUGGCAGAGCAGCCUGGAGGCGGGCCAGGGCGCCAUGGAGGCAGGGGGCUCCCCAGGUUUGGAACAAAGACCUCACACGCAGGCCCCCUGAUCAGGAUCAGACCAGCCGGAUGGUGGCAGAGCUGGAGUGAGGCGACAGGCAGGAUGGCGGGAGCUGACAGGAAGCAGCGGUGACGGGUGCUCACGGUGGCCAGAGUGUCUCCUGAAGAUGAAGUGGCCCAGGUGACGUGCAGACCAGGCCCGAUGGCCAGCUCGGAGACGGAGGUCUGCUGGGCCGAGCCAGGCCUGGGGAAGGUGCCCCGGCGGCGCUGGGCCUGGGUGGAAGAGGACAAGGAUGCCAGUGGUCAUGGCACAAGCAGCUGGGGGGGAGAGAGGCCCUUUGCUCGCGCCAGCAGCCCCGAGCUCCUGGAGGACUUUCGCCGGGCCCAGCAACGCCUGCAGCCACUGCAGUGGGACCGGGACCCGCAGCCUGAGGGGCACCAGGACUCUGAGUCCGAGUCUGCAGAAGAGGAGUUCGAAGCAGAGGAUGUGGACAGCCCAGAAAGUUCCAGCUUGCCUCCCCACUGGCUCUCACAGCAGAACCCUCAACCAGACAUGACGAAAGAGGAGCCAGUUGAGCCCCUCGGGGAUACUGAGGCUGAGGAAGCUGGAGAUAGCCCCCCCAGGUUGGGGUAUGAGACUUGUCUUGACUCGGGGGACAGUGAAAACAGCAACCCCAGGACCCCAGAGUGGGGUCAAACCACAGACCAGGUGGACUCUGACAAACAAGCCAAUGGAGACGACCUUCCAGAACAUUCUGAGGUCAACCCAACUGCUGACCUCAGUUUUGCAAGGUCCUGGAGCAGUGGAACUGUGAGCUUGGACAACCCAUGCGACAGCCUUGGUUCUACCUGGGAAGAAGACACUGAUGUCCCCCAGCCUGCUGCUUUGACAGAAACUUUACCACCGAGUCCCAGCCACCACCUCGUAAGCCCAGAUGACAGAAAUGGAGGAAGUGUUACUCUGGCAACUGCCAUGGAAUUCCAGGACUCUUCAGCAUCCUCAGCCCAGAGACCCCAGAGUCCUGCAGAUAGAUGGAGGAGAGAAACUACCAGCCUCUCCUGCCCUCAGCCUGGGGACCAAGCCUGGAAGAGGACACGGUCAUCACCUAAGCCUCUCCCUUCCAGAUUCACCGGCUCCAUCAGCCCCCAGAAUCAUCCUCUACCCAGACAAGCUCACCAGGGCAGGCUGCCACCCAGGCAGGGAACCACGCUGGCCAGCCACUCAGCUUCUGAUGUCCCCAAGUAUGGCCGGGGGCGGCUGAACCACCCGCUCCCUGAUUUAUCCAAGGUGGGACCCCGGGUGAGGUUCCCCAAAGAUGAGAGCUACCGACCCCCCAAGGCCAGAGGCCACAGCAGGUCUCAGGGAUCCACCAAACCACUCAUCUUCAAAUCGCCUGCUGAGAUUGUACGGGAGGUACUCUUGAGCAGUGGGGAGGCCUGCCUGGGAAAAGACCCACCUCCUGCCCACCCUGUCACCAAGGUACCUCAGGAAUUCCAGACGCCUGAACAAGCCACCAAGCUGGUUCUUCAGCUCCAGGAGGACUACCACAAGCUCCUGACCAAAUAUGCUGAGGCGGAGAACACCAUCGACCAGCUGCGCCUCGGAGCCAAGGUGAACCUAUACUCGGACCCACCCCAGCCCAGACACAGCAUCCACCUGGGCACGGUGCCCCAAGGGACCAAGGUCAUGUCCUUUACCAUCCCACAGCCCCACUCUGUGGAGCGGUGGUCGAGCCUUGCUGAGACCCAACAGGCCUCCGAGUCCUCAGGCUGGCCAUCAGCUCAAGGAGACCUGAUCCCUUCCUCCCCCAUCAACGCGCCCACCCCAGGGUGGCUUCCAGAGAACCCAGCCAUCAGCAAGGAGCAGCCUUCCACCGAGCGGACCCAGGUGCUGGCGUCUCAGGCCAGGCAGUUCCUGGCCAAGGUGGAGUCUUUUGUGGACCUGAGGCAGGCAGGACAACUCACACCCCAGGACCAACUCAAGGGCUUCCAGCUGCUAAAGGCUGCCCACACUGCACUGGAGGAAGAAUACCUGAAGGCCUGCAGGGAGCAGGCACCAGUCCAGCAGCCUGCCGGCUCCAGGGGAACGCCUGGGAAAUUUGAUCCUGGCAGGGAGCUGGAGGCAGAGAUAUUCCAGCUGGGGAUUCGUCUGGAAGAGCUGAAGGACCACAUGGACCAGAACCAGCAGGCCCCCGAGGGAGCCGGAUCAGACUUGCCUCGGGGGAGCCCCCCAGCCACCCCCCGCCCCUGCCAGCCAAGGUGCCUGCCCUCUCCUUCGGGACACGGCCCCACGCCAGUCUCCCAGACCCUCUGCUCUGAGCCCCACACCACCCGCGCAGACCCCUGCCCGCCACCCAUGAACCAGGAGCUGAGCUCUGCCAGCAGUGAGGCGGACAGACCGCUGGACCUGCCGGCCCCCCUCAGACGCAAGGAGCUGCAGAUGGAGCAAGGUUUCCAUGGCCUCCUGGAGCGGUACCUCAGUGUGAAGUCCCUUCCAGAAGCCAUGAGGAUGGAGGAAGAGGAUGACGAGGAGGAGGGGGAGGAGGAGGAGGAGGAGGAAGGGGAGGAACAGGGCUGUCCCGAGGAAGUGGAUGGCGCAGCUCCCACUCCAACGGAAGCAGAGGCCAGUGGACUCCCUGUGGUGCAGGCUGAGCGAGGUCACAGGCCCCGUCUUGAGUAUGUCACUGAGGCCCCCUGCCCCGUCCCACCCCACCUCCAGAAUCGCAGGGAGACCAUGGAGCAGAUGGUAUCUGUGAACCCACCGGGCUUUCAUGCAUCCAGGACCCGAGAUCGGCACCCGUCAGGCCUGGGCAAGGUGGAGGCCGCCCCCGCAAGCCCUGGCCGGCUUCCCCAGCCUCAGGACAUCAAGUCCUCGGGGUCGCACAAGAGCAGCCUCACCAGCCUGGAGGGAAGUGGCCUGUCCGAGCACCUUCCACAGAAGCCCCUGCACCGCGCUGGUGAGCCCCACCUGGAGGAGGCCUGGAUGGCAUCCCCUGAGACGGACAGCGGCUUUGUGGGCUCAGAAACCAGCAGAGUGUCACCCCUCACCCAGACUCCAGAGCACCGGCUCUCCCACAUCAGCACCCCAGGGAUCCAGCCCUUCACAGAUUCUGUGCCCCGUGAAAGAGCCUCGCAUCCCCAGACCAGGGGCCUUCGGGUCCCCAGAAGAGCCUCUGAGCCCAGCACUCCCAGAGGCCGAGCCCCGAGGCAUCUCUCCGGCCAGGCCAGUCCUCUCCAGCGGAGGACACCCAGCUUCCACCUAGAGCCGAUGCUAGCUCCAGAGACGGCUGUUGAGAGGCAAAAACGGACUUCUGAACAGCCAGCACGACACCCCGCCAGCACAGCAAUCAACCCGCCCCCCACCUUGACCACGGCCAGUCCACCCCAUGUGGCCCCGCCCCGUGGAGCUGCAGAGACCACCCCUGGCUCCCUGUUCACCAGAUCAGGGCGAGACCAGGCCAUCCGGGAACUGCAAGAAGAGGUGUCUCGGCUCCGUCUGCGGCUGGAGGACAGUCUGCAUCAUUCACCCCAAAGCAGCCUGACGCGCCCAGUCUCCACCUUUGACCGCCCCACCAGGGCCCGGGACCGGCCAGCGGAUCCCUCAGCUGCCUGGAGCACCCACUAUGGCAGUAAGUCCUCAGAGAGGUUGUCUGGCGAGCCUGGAGGUGCAGAGCAAGCCGCUCCCCCACGAAGGCGACAAGCCAGGCCUUCCUCGGUGCCUCGGGACGUGCCCCGACACUCUCUGAGUUCUGAAUCCGAGCCAGCCUGCCCCCGGCUAUUCUCUGAGAAGAGCAGAACCGCCGAGGACAGCCCACAGGCAACUUGGGGCAGAAAAAGAGGCAGCGUGGGACGGCCGGACAGGGUCACCUUCCGGGGCCAGUACACAGGCCAGGAGUACCAUGUUCUGACCCCCAAAACUGUCCCGAGAGGCAGUGGCCCCGUCUCCUGUCCCAACUGCCAACCUGUUACUACCCAGGACACAGGUGGUGCUGCCACCAGGGAGCCCCUGGGAGCAACUGCCACCGAUACAGGGCCAUGUCCUCUCUGUGGGUCCCCCUCGGAGACAGCCAGCCCGGACUCAGCCACCUCUGGGCCAGAAAAGGCCUCCACGAGGAAAAACGCAUCUUCAACGUCCAGCCCCAAGCAGAAGAACAAGAGGGCGGGGUCCCCAUCCCGGCCACCCCCUGGACUGUGGUAUCUGGCAGCUGCACCCGCAGGACCAGUCCCUCCGGCCUUUGCCUACGUCUCCUCAGUUCCCGUCAUGCCUUACCCAUCAGCCGCUGUGUACUUUGUGCCUCCAGGAUCUACCUCAGCCCCUUCAGCCCAGCCGGCAGCAGAGUGGCCCCUCACAACCUCCUCUCGGCCAUCCAGGGGCCACCGACGUUCCAUCCAGCUGGACCUGGACGACCUGAAGGAGCUCAACAAGGCCCUGAGCCAGGCCGUGCAGGCUGCCGAGAGCGUCCGCUCCACCACCCACAAGAUGAGCCGCUCCCUGUCAGCCGACCUGCGGCAUGCCCGCGGCCUGCGGGGCUCCUGCCUCUUCUGAUGCCCCCAAGGUUCAGUGGGCAACCUCAGGUGGUGGGCAGGAGCCCCGGUGCUGGGCAGGCGGGCCCCUCGCUGCUGCCCCCCAAGCGGGAGCUGGCCAGAGCCUCUCCUGUGCCCUCACAGCCCCUCUAGAGGAGGGAGGGAGAGUCCACCCCAAGCCCUGCCUGCUUGGCCCCCGUUUUCAAAAUGGAGGUACACUUUAGGCAUCAAGAAAAGUAACUUCCCACGGAGUGGACCCUGGAGGGUUUCCGGGAUCGAGCCACCUACUUUUCUGACGGAACAUCGGGAGUCUCUUCUGGUUCUCUUGCACUGGCCCAAUAAUGUUUUAUAUGCAGAUGGACAAUUUUUUUCAAUUGAGCUUUCCUGGUCCUGUGUCCUCCAGAGGAGGCCAGAUAAGGAAAAGGCCCAGGCCUCAGCGCAACCCUAACACCCCAGCCUCUGACCAGCCACUCCAGACUGCGUCUCCGGAGUGGGAACUUUCUCCUGGAGACCAGUGGGGAAUCUGGCCCCAGGAUGACAUGCUCCCAGCUUCUCCAUGGUGGGAGAGGCCUGUCCCUGUCUGCUGGGAUACAGACACCCACAGUCCCUCCCGGUACUUCGUCCUGAGCCCCCAGCCCUAGCCUGGGACCCCUGUGAAAUCUUGCUUGGCCAGCCACCGCCCUCCUUCCAUGGCCAUCAGGCGGCCUCUUCCCUGCUCCCCCACACCCUAGCAGCACGGACCUCAGCAUUUUCUAGAAUGUGUGUGUAUCAGUGAUGUUUGUAUAUUUGAAGCAUUUAAGAUUCUAUUUUCGUUAUGAGGGCAAAUGAAAAGUGAGUAUUGAUUUUAAAAUAAAGAAAAGGCUGC